CUUUGAUACAGAGAGAGAGAGAGAGAGAGGGGAAGUUAUGUCAGUGGCUAAAGAGAUGAUGGGUUCUUCUUUGAUUCAAAGAUCAUCAUCCGACAGUAGUAACAAGACAACUUCUUUCCCGUUCCGACAGAACCAGAACCGGUUCCUGGUUAACCCUGUCUUGCUCCCAUCGAAGCAAAGGAGUGUGCAUUUGAGGAGAGCUGCCAAGGUUCCUGUGGUGGCCGCCGUUAGUGACAAUCUGUUCAGGGCUGUGCCUGACCAAAAUGACAAAAGUGUUCAGUUUAAGGUCCGAGCUGCCGUAACUGUCAGGAACAAGAACAAGGAAGAUUUCAAGGAGACUUUAAUGAAGCAUUUGGACGCUUUCACCGACAAUAUUGGAAGGAAUGUUGUUUUGGAACUCAUCAGCACCGAAGAAGAUCCAAGAACCAAGGCUGCAAAGAAAAGCAAAGGAGCAGUGUUGAAGGACUGGUCGAAGAAGGCAAAGGUGAAAGCCGAGAGGGUCCAUUACACGGCGGAAUUCACGGUGGACUCCAACUUCGGGUUGCCGGGAGCAAUCACGGUGACAAACAAACACCAGCAGGAAUUCUUCCUGGAGAGCAUCACCGUUGAAGGAUUUGCAUGCGGUCCUCUUUAUUUUCCUUGUAACUCAUGGGUUCAAUCCAACAGAGAUCACCCCGGUAAAAGGAUUUUCUUCAAUAAUCAGCCUUAUCUACCUAGUGAGACACCCAAAGGUCUUAUGGGAUUGAGACAAAAGGAGCUGAGGGAUAUCAGGGGCAAUGGCAUGGGAGUCAGAAAACUUUCAGACAGAGUUUACGACUUCGAUAUAUACAAUGAUUUAGGAAAUCCAGACAGGGGAAUUGAUUACGCUAGGCCUGUACUUGGAGGUAAAGAAAUUCCAUACCCAAGACGAUGUCGAACAGGACGACUUCCUAGCGAAACAGACAUACAAGCAGAGAGCAGAGUGGAGAAGCCAAUGCCGAUGUAUGUGCCUAGAGAUGAACAAUUUGAGGAGUCCAAGCAGAACGACUUCUCAGCGGGGAGGCUUAGAGCAGUGCUUCACAACUUGUUGCCGCAGCUAAAAGCCAGCAUAUCGGCCUACAACCGCGACAUAAACUCGUUUUCUGACAUCGACGACCUUUACAAGGAAGGGCUCCUCCUCAAAUUAGGCUUACAGGAUGAAGCAAUGAAGAGCCUUCCACUUCCAAAAGUGGUCACCAAAAUACAGGAAUCCAGCCAAGGAUUACUCAAAUACGAAACUCCAAAAGUUGUUUCCAAGGACAAGUUUGCGUGGUUGCGGGACGAUGAAUUCGCCCGUCAGGUGUUGGCAGGUGUCAACCCUGUCAACAUCGAACGGAUGACGGUGUUUCCUCCAGUGAGCAAGCUGGAUCCUGAGAUCUAUGGUCCACUGGAAUCUGCACUCAAAGAAGAGCACAUAGCGAGCCAGCUUAAUGGCAUGACUGUUCAACAGGUUUUGGAAGAGAAUAAGCUGUUUAUGGUGGAUUAUCAUGACCUUUACCUACCAUUUCUCGAUCGGAUCAAUGCACUCGAUGGGCGGAAAUCAUAUGCUACUCGUACCAUAUUUUUCUUGACUCCUAACGGAACUCUCAAGCCUAUUGCCAUUGAAUUAAGCCUCCCACACACCGCACCGUGUUCCCGAUCCAAGAGCGUCGUAACGCCUCCGGUCGAUGCAACUUCGAAUUGGAUCUGGCAGCUUGCAAAGGCUCAUGUUUGCUCUAAUGACGCUGGAGUUCACCAACUGGUUAACCACUGGUUACGGACACAUGCAUGCAUGGAACCUUUCAUACUGGCUGCACAUAGGCAGUUGAGUGCAAUGCACCCAAUUUUCAAGCUCUUGGAUCCACACAUGAGGUAUACACUCGAGAUCAAUGCUCUGGCUCGGCAAAGUUUGAUCAGUGCCGAUGGGGUUAUCGAGUCUUGCUUCAAUCCCGGUCGCUACUGCAUGGAGAUAAGCGCUGCAGCUUACCGGAGCCAUUGGCGCUUCGACAAGGAGGGCUUACCUGCUGAUCUAAUCCGCAGGGGAAUUGCAGUACCUGACUCGACACGUCCACAUGGCCUAAAGCUGCUAAUAGAAGACUACCCUUAUGCCUCCGACGGGUUACUAAUAUGGAAUGCGAUCGAGAAUUGGGUUCGGACCUACGUGAACCGCUACUAUCCGGAUUCAAGUCUAAUCCGCAAUGAUAAUGAGCUACAAUGCUGGUACUGUGAGUCAGUCCAUGUCGGUCACGCCGAUCUCAGCAACGAGGACUGGUGGCCAACGUUAAACACACCCGAUGAUCUAGUCUCCAUCCUCACCACCAUCAUUUGGCUUGCAUCGGCCCAACAUGCCGCACUCAAUUUCGGACAGUACCCUUACGGUGGUUACGUGCCGAACCGUCCACCUCUAAUGAGAAGAUUAAUACCCGAAGAAAAUGUCCCUGAGUACGCUAACUUCGUAGCCGAUCCACAAAAAUAUUUCCUAUCAGCGUUGCCGAGUUUACUACAAGCUACGAAAUUCAUGGCCGUGGUGGACACCUUGUCGACACACUCUCCUGACGAGGAAUACCUAGGGGAACGGCAGCAGCCAUCAACGUGGUCGGGCGAUGCGGAGAUAAUUGAAGCAUUUUACAGGUUCUCAGUGGAGAUCGGACAGGUUGAAAAGGAGAUAGAGAAAAGGAACGGUGAUCGCAGGCUGAAGAACCGGUGUGGAGCUGGGGUGUUGCCAUAUGAGCUGCUUGCACCUAGCUCAGAGCCUGGUGUAACAUGCAGGGGAGUUCCAAACAGUGUUUCAAUAUGAUCCAAAUUUUGAUUAAUCAUAAUUUAAUCGAGGGGUAUAUAGAAUGGAUUAAGA